ACUAAAAAAUGUUUUGAAACUUUUAUCACAUAUUUUUGGUUAUUUUACCACCGAUUUUUGUACUUUUGUACAUGUAAUGUUAUUAAAAUGGAGGCCACUAACAGUCUUUUAUCGAGCCUAGUUCAAACAAAGGCGAUCGAGCGUGUUUUAGCGCCGAUUGCAGCCCAGGUUUCCCAGUUGAUUUUAUUAACAGAUUCCCAUGAGAAGGGCGAUGCUAGCUUUCCGUCCCAUAUGGUUCCCUUUGCAGAGAAUGUCCUCCGUGCAAGUGAAAGCCUCAUCGAACAUGCACAGAGAAAUGCAGACAUUUCGAAUGACCAGGAACUACACAACCAGAUGCCAAGCGCUUGUGACCUUCUCCUCCUGGCUGGUAAUAACUUUGUUGUGACAACACGACGCCUUGAGUUGGAGCCACGCAGCAAGGAAGCAUGGCGCCAUCUUGUGAGAACUGCAAAAGAUGUUCUGGAAGGAACAAUGAAGGUGUUGCUUGUAUCCGAUGAUGCUGAUGUGAGGAGGAUUGUGUCAGCAGCCCGCCUCCUCGAGGAGAGAACGGGGCUCGUCAUUGGCGUCAAGUCCAUGAAAGCACUGGUCCUGGCAUUCAAGGGUUUUACUGAAGCACUAAUGUUGUUAUCCAGCCUUGUUGAGACCCGCCAACAGGAAUUGACAAAUCCACGACAACGAGAGCGAUUAUUGAUUGGCAUGACCUUACUGAGGAAAUCAGGACCAAUGCUUUGUUCUUCCAUGCAGACUUGUGUCAAAUACCAACAGAAUCCUCAGGCCUUGGCCAGCAAAGAUUAUGUGAUUAACCAGAUACUGUCAGCCAUUGAUGAUGUCAUCAAAGCCGUCGAGAAUAGGAUCGUGGAAAAUCAGGAUGACCUCGAUGAUAACACGGAUGAACCAGGACAUUUUGUGUCUAGACUCGAUGAGAUUUUGGUUCACUUGUCACCAGAACAACGCUCCAACAUGGAUAACUUUGAACUGGAUACUCUGAUGGAGGCAGUCGUGCGCCACAGUAUGUCAGUGGCCCAUAUGUCAGCUGAGAUUCACAGGAAUAUCAUUAUACAGUGUUGUAAAACAAUAUUACGUCGGCGGUCAUCAGUGUCAGAAUAUCUAAAAAGUAUGAAGAAAUAUCCUGAUUAUGCUGAAAUAAGAGGUUAUCCACUUUUCAAAAAGAAUUUCUCCAGAUCUGACUUCGAUGAAGCUUGUGAGAAACUCAUCGAUGAAUUCCACGAUCUAGAACGCCAUGUGAAUUCAUCGAUUCUCCAACAAAUUGUUGACAUAUUUGCCGAGACGACCGAACCUCUUGAAAGACUGGUCAAGGCAGCGUUGUGUCCGACCGGGGAGCGGACCCCACUGAAAGACAAGACAUGCCAGAUACUACUCGAGCCAUACAUCGAGACUUUUAAUACUCAUUCGGAGAGGAUCACCCAGGUGGCGUUGUUUGCUGCUGCUAGUUCUACCGAUGGAAGACGGGUACGGAUCAUCAAAACGUGUGUGAAGCAGAUUGAAAAACUAGAUCCCGAGAUUCUUCCAGCUACGCUAGCGUGUCGCAAAGACUGCCUGGAUAAGGGUGCACUGGGUCAUCUCCGUCUGCUCAAGAGGGAGUGGACAUCUGAUGUGGAGAGUCUAGUGUCUACCCUCGAUGAAAUGAUGGACGCAAGGAUAUUUCUAGAAGUCUCGGAAAGAAGAGUAAAGGAUGCCGGUGACGAUUGUCGUGUUGCUAUGAUCUCUGAAGAACUGGAUGAUCUCAAUUUGGGCUCAAAGGCGCUGAUUGGUCGAGCUAGGAGGGCGGCAGAGAUUGCUACUAAAGUUGUUGAUAAUCAUGAGGAGCCUGUCUACAGGAAUGGGCUGUUGGUUUUCAUUAACCAGUUAAGAAAAGGUAUCACAGCAGUGAAAUCAGGAGUAGCGAGAGUCAUGGAGAACAUCACAGACAAAGACUUGCACCAUUCGUUGAUCAAACGAAGCGAGCUGUUACUGAAGUGCGUCAAAAAUAUCCGUCAUGGAAUGGACGAGGAAAAUCAGCCAGAUUUGUUGUCAAGUCUCCGAGACGGAGUAAGGCCUCCACAGGGUUUGCAAGCAUUAGGGCUGUCCACAACUAAAGAAGGCGAUUCCACAGCCCACCUCCUGAGGAGCCUCAAUCUUGAUGUCAGCACUGCAGAGACCACAACAGAUGAGAAUGACAACAUGUUCCUGAGUCUCCCAUCGGGAACCCCACGGAGCAGAACAUCUGAUGUGUCAGCAGCCACCUCAGCACGUAAUGUCACAUUGUCUCCAUCUAAAUUGGACAUGUCCAAGUUUGAUGCCACUGACUCAAGUCCAAAGAAAGCGAAUUCCAACAUCUUGGACAACUGCCCCCUUGCCCGGAGCUUGGUGAAUACUGCCUUAGGACUGAAUACUCUGAAGACAGAUCUCCUCAGCAAUGAUCUGAUAGCCCGGACAUCUCACAUCAUUGAAGUCGCAAAUGCCAUAUCUGUCCAUUGUGACCAGACUACUAAAACAGAUCAAAUCCAUGAUCUCUCAUCAAGUGUUACCCAGCUGACCCCACAAGUGAUUGACAAAGCUAAGAAAGUGUCAAACUGUGAUGUGGAUCAGAUAGAACCUCUCAACAAGGUGGCUGAGGAGUGGAGCCUCAAGGUGUGCCAGUUGGAGAAUGCAGUAGAUGAAGUAUUGGACAGAUGGAAGAUUGUCUGCAACAGGCUGGUCACUGCUUCUAAGUGCAAGAACGUUAAACUACUCACAACCGAGACAAAGAAUAUCCAAGAUCACACGAAAUACUUGCAAAAUCUGGUAACCAUGGCAACUGACUGCAUGGAUACCUAUGACUUUGUCUCCACUGAGCGUGCCCAGCUCCUGAAGGAUUAUGGGAAUGAGCUUGACAAUUUGACAAUGACUAUGACCACCAUGGCUGAUAUCAUAUCAAACUCAGAAGCUGCAGAUGAGAAGACCCAACUCGAGAACGCCAGCAGAGAGUGGGCGAGCAAAGUCUACUGCCUGUGUAUGGUGAUGGACCGACUGAGUGCAGUAGCCAAGCAGGAGGUCCUGGCAGACUGUCUGGAGGUGGAUGCGACAUCACCAGACUACAGCCAUCUCUAUGAAGAGUUGAAACUCUUUGAACAUGAGAUGAUUCGUUACUCUGAUAUGGUGCACUGUGCAUCACAAGGAAACUCAAGACUAAGUACCAAAGUUGAUCAAUGUGGUACACUGAUGAACGAGAUGGACAAACUUAGUGCUAGUAUGUCUGAGACUGUGAUGAUCUUACAAGUGGCACCAGCCCAGUAUCCCACACCUGACCGCCUCUUUGCUCCCCAGAAGCUUGGAUUAGUGCAAUGUCAGUGGGUUGCCAAGACCAUUCACCUUUGUAACCUACUUGAGGAGCUGACCAAAGAUUUGUGCAUUCCCAUUGAUAAGCUAGCUAGAGUUGCAUUGGCUGUACACACAACAUCAGAUGCUGUUCAUGAAAACCUGAAGCAGGAGUUCACAGUCCUAUUAGACAAGUUAACAGGGAAGAUAUUUGACGUGAAAGGCAUAGCGCUCCAGGCUAUUGAGGACUCCACCAACUUGGAGCAGAAGGGAUUCAUCCGACAAUGCCUUGGUGAUGUUACAGAACUCACAGGGAAACUUGUCUUGGCGUUGAAAAAUCUUUCAGAAAACCCUGACAAUAAAAACACUGUUGAUCUUAACAAAACCAAGUUGCGCUGGGCGUGUCGUUUGCAUAUCUUCAAGGUGUCGUUGAUGGGACUUGACAAAGUUGACAGGAUAGCUAGUGCAGAUGUUGUGGACCUUCUUAAGCAGUUGGGCAGUGAAAUCAGAUCAAGUUCUGUCGACGGUGCUCUAAAUCCUACAACUGUCUUGAGAGAUGUACCGAAAAUCACUUUCAGUCGCAAACACAGCCUGAUGGAUAAGAUAGAAAAUGCUGUGGUGGGCAAGAAGGAGCUUGUAAAGAAACUGGAGGAAGUGAUCAUUACUCCUGUUGAGUGCCAAUCAAAGGACGUUGAGGAGAAGAUCACUCAGUCACGCAUGUGCGGUGCACGACAGCUCGCUGGCUGCAUGAGCCCUAGAAUUGGGAGUCCAGUGCCUGGUACCCCCAUCAUCAGAUCCCGGAGUGGUUCACCUGUGCCGUUCGGCCGCAGCCGUCACCUCACACCGUCUCAGGAGGGAGCAUGGAAGGGAACAAGAGUAGCAGGGAUAACUGAAUAUAAUUCACAUUUUUCAGCAGCUGCAAUGUACCUGCAGCAAGAGACUGACAAGUGGGAAGAUGACCGAAAUGCUAUUGUACGUGUUGCCAAGGAGAUGUCAAAACAAAUGUAUGAAAUGGCUAGUUUCACGAGGGGACAGAGCUCACUCACAAACAAGAAAGAUCUCAUCCAGACUGCUAAAGAUAUCGCCGCCAACGGAAAAACGAUUUAUAAGUUUGCUACCGUUGUGGCCAAGUACUGUAUGGAUAAGAGAUUCGCUGAAGACCUGAAGUUCUAUGCCAACCACGUACCGGCCAUGAGUACUCAGUUGAGUAUCAUUGCUAGUGUGAAGGCUGCUACUCCAGAGGAUACCACUGCUGAUAAGGUGUUGGUCAAGAAUGCUGAGAAUCUGAUGAAGGCUGUGAUGAACACUUUGAAAGCCGCUGAAGCCGCUAGUGUCAAGGGCUUGCGCCACCCACCAAAAGAUGAAGCUGAUGAUGCAGAGCUAAUCGUGUUAGCUAUCCAAUGGAAACGUAAACUGAUGCAGCACCGCCAGACCGAGGCAAUGAAUGAAAACUGGGAUGAAUUAGGUUUACGAAUCAUCAACACGACCAACCUUGCACCAGCCAUGGCAGAUGUUUUCCUUCAGCGAUGAGCAUGAGCUAAUUUCCAGCUCCCUGGAUUUUCGAUAAUUGAACUUUUUAAGCAUUUUAUUUUUAACCAAUUUGAAAUUCUUGCUCAUUAGAAAAAUUUGAGGCUGUUGUUCAGCUCCCUGUAGAAGUUUGUCAAAGACUCUAUAAAAUGUAUAGCAGACUAUCGCAAAGUACAAUGUACAUGUAGUAUCUUUGAGGUUGUAACGCAUCUCAUUUUUCGAGAUCAGUCGAGCUGUCAAACUUUGUGGGGCCGUAAAAUCGGCAUUUCACUUUGUUUUGAUAGCCAUGGUUUCCUAAUACAAGUAAAAAUAAAUGAAUUUUAAAGUGUGGUUGGCCACCUCUCCAUUCCUUUAUGCAUGACUGAGUUCAUUUAUUAAAAGCCUCAUUUGAGUUGCCUUUUUUGGCCUCUGAUGAUGAGAGCCAAUAUUCAGGUACUGCUGGUAAUGCUCUCACUUGAUCUGUGAGUCUCCUAAGUUAAACGUGUGAAGCCAUCAUGCGGCCAAGCUCCAGGUAAAUUCAGGUGAGUGAUUGUUACUUAUAGACCGUUAACGACUUUUAGAAUGAGACCAACAGUAUUUUAGAACGUGUAUCAUUUCUGUCACGAAAUCAUUGCUAGGUUGAACAAAAUUUUAUGAAUGUAUUGCUUGAUAACUUUAUAAUCAAGCAUUCAGAUAUACGUGUGAACGUAUUUGCUUUCAUAUACCCAGGAAAUAUAUCCAUAUAACAUUCCAUUAUCUUUUUUCUUACCCUGUUGCUUAUAGACAUGAUUUUGUACAUCAGCCAUAUUAAUCUCUACGCAUGUCAUCCUGACAACAUGGUGAAAAUAAGUCGUCUUUUACUUACAAUUAUUAUAUCUAUCAAAUUCAAUCAUAUCAAAUCUUGUUAAAGUAUUGGACAUAUCAUGUCUAAUAUUUGUACAUAUCAUCACAUGAGAUUAUAAUGUUAUAAAAGCACAAUCAGAAUAAAUUCACAGAAUUUUUUUGCUAUGGGCCAUUUUAGAUUAGAUAACAUUUUACGUCAAAGUAUGCUAAUGUUUUUGGUGAAAAUUGCUUACGAAUUAAUUUGUGUUUGUACUGAUAAUAUUUAGAUUUACCUCUUUAAAAAUGAGAUCUUCUCUUUAAUGAAUGAUGCAGGAAACAAAUACUAUAAACUUGGAACAUUUCCACACCUCUUGUUUUGCAAAAUAAAUUUAAAAAAAAAAAAAAAAAAUUAUUUUGGGGGAUUAUGAAAGUUCCUCUUGGUUUUUUCAAUCCAAAAAUAUUUGUUCAAGCUAUUUUUAUUUUUACAAAAAAUGGCUAUUCAAGAAAUCUGGAAAAAAACCCACAUGUGGCAUUUGCAUGAUGCCUUUUGGCAAGAUAAUUGGAGAAAGAUUUUCACUUCUGCUCCUAAUAUAGGCAAACAUCAUGAUACAUGAUAAAGCAGAAGCUAAUAAGAAACACGUUGGAAUGUGAAUCCCCACGAUUGAAGUAUUUCUCGUUUGUUUAGCUCUUGAUUUAUAAGGUUGUCGGGUUAAUUAGGGUUAAAUUGUAUAGAUAAUGAAGUUAUUUAGUACCUCGCUAAAAGGUCUUGAAGAUUGUGAAUCCUAGUGUUGUGUGGUAUUCAUCUAUGACUAUUAAAAUUGGGACUUUUUCCAUGCUGCUCCCCAUGAAGUGGUUAAUUCAUCCUAAUAAGAUCAGACAAAGCGUUAUCUGACAUCAGGUAGGCUACAAUGUACAUGUUUCCCCGUUAGAUGUGAAAAUAGUCUUGGGCAAAAUCACAUUGUAUUGUCAGAGAUCGAGGCCUGAUUGCGAAAUUGGGACUUUCAACAUCAGAAUGUGUUUUAUUGGAGAGGUUUUACGAGAGUGUGAACAUCUUUUUCUGUUAUCUCGAGCCAAUUUACAAAAUACUCCUGGCCUACAGUUUAAUAUUUCUCUGGCUCCAAACCAUUUAAGGUUGAAUUUGUUUAAUGAGGAAAUUAUUUUUAUAGAGGGAAUUUCCUCAUUGUUUGCUUACAGAGUCCGAGAUAAUUCCAACUCAAAUUGACAGAAAAAGGUUAUGUGCUAUCAGUGGCAUUUGUAUGUAAACGUGUGUCUGGUUGGAAUGACAUGUGUCAUAUAAAGUCAUAGCCUAAAGGACCUAGAGAUAAACCCUGAAUUCUAUCUGGUGAGCCUCAUUUGCGUUGCAGUGAAAGUAGGUAGUGAAGACGUGACUUUGACAUUGACUUACUUGCAGCUAAUUUGUUUGGGUUAAAAUACUAUAAUAAUAGUAUGGUGCUGGCUUGAUUCCAGAGCUGAUGUUUGACCCAGUGGGGACUUUUGGUUGCUGUUGAAGAUAGUGAAACAAGGAACAGACUAUCAAACAGCUUUUACUUUCUAAAUGCUUUUACAUGUUCAAGUAGGUGUCACGAAAUCCUAGAGUGCUUUUGUCCAAAAUAAUUGGCAUAGAAAUGCACAAGCGCUCCUCUAUACUCUAAAUUAACAUCGAGAAAAAGUCCUAGUUCAGGCCAAAGUCAGAUAAUGUCAAUAAAUCCAAGCUCGAUUGGACCCUGUUGGCUCCAUCAAGGAAUUUCAAUGAGACAAUAUGUUUUGGACUGAACAUGAGGGCUGAAGAUCAGUCAGACCAUUCACUGCUUGUGUUUUGCAGGAAUUAAGAUCAGAGACUAUGUAUGAGUGGCUCGGACCGCUACGAUGAGUUUGAAAUCUUGUGUCUCUACUGAACUGCAGCACGAUUAGUUCUUGGUUGUUUGAGGGUUAACUGUACCAGUUCCAUACUUAUCUAUCAUAGUAGUAAUAUCAAUACUCGGAGGUUAAGGGCAGUGUUGAUGAUUCAGGUCACAUUUCAUACAUUCUUCAGUAAGAAAACACAGCAGCCUCCGAACUUCUAGAUCACUGUACCCAUUUAUUAUGAAUGAAAAUUAGCCAGGAGACUUGGCAUGUUCGUUUACAUUGGGUGUGUUCUAUUACAAAUAUGUCUAAUAGCCCUGGAUGCUACUGCGUGGGCCAAGGGGUGGUCAGCUUAAGUUUUCAAAUACCAUGUGUACAUUCCAUGGCCAGUUUUAUAUAAAUGUGUGCGGACAUUCCUAUCAAAUCUUCCUCUCUGUGGGUGAAAUUUGUUUUGCCACUCCCUGCUACUGGGAUGUUAGAAAAUUUCCUAUCAAAAUACAAUCCAUCCAAUUGACCUUGAUCGUGUUCCUGGUACAUCUAAGAAAAUACUCUUGAUAUGGAAAAUAUCUUCGAUACCUGCAUGUACUGGGUGGGGAGAUAGUAAUCUAUUAAGGACCGCCAAUUUUGCGAGACCUCCAAAUCCUAAAGCAAUUAGAAUUCUUUCCAAAUGAAUUGAAUGCUCAUUUAAAUCACGGGAGGGUGUUCUCUGGAAAACAAAGAACAGACUCCUGCCCUAGAAAUUUUAAUCUGUGUGUAUUGUGUGUAUCACUGAAUUCCUGCAAGAGAAAAUGAUUACUUACGUGUAGCUCUAAACCGUUAUAUCAUACAAGUGUGAUUGUCUUUUGAGGAUUGCAAAUUUUGAUUCUCUGGUGAGAAUGCUAUGAGUGCGUUGUCCGUUUUGAUGCAUUGCCUCUUUUGGCGUUGCUGCGAAUUUUAUCUUGAGUGAAAAAUACUGUCGGGAAGUAGGCCUACUUGCCCUGCUUUUGUCUUCUUGUUUUGUCUGCUCCAUUAUGUAACAAUAUGUAAACUAUGCAAUACUUGACAUAUACUCUUGUAUAUUUAAUAGAAGGCAAUAUAUAUUUAUAUAG